AUGGCACACCAUAGAUGAGACAAAACAGCUGUCAGAUGAGCUCUGAUGAGAUACAAGACCAUCAGAAAGGAGCUUUGUGAGAGGGUGACAACUUCCGGUGAAUCGGGAUCCUGCUAUGUGGAGUUGUUUACAAUACAUCUGCUCCCUACACCAUCUUGCUGCGGACCCUAACUCGGGGAAUGUUGAAUGCCCAGUCCAGAUACCUCGAACUCCGGAGUUAGCGCGUUCAAGAAAAAGCGAGGGAGGAAAAACAGGCUUUUGCAUCAACACCACAUAUGAGUGGACGGAGUGAGGCCUAGGGUCUUUUCCGGAGCACUUCAGAGUUUGUAUGGGCAGUGUGUGUGUGUGUGUGUGUGUACGGCGUCCAUUUCUGUGUCUCCAUGUUGGAGGCAGCCCGGAUGGCAGCAGUCCCCCCGAGUGGCUGGUGGUGGAAUUACAGGGGGAGAUGGUGUCUAGACACAACUCUGGUCUGGCAGGAAAUGUGAUGGGAGAUCUACUGUAUACCAAAGAGGGGGUGCCAGUGCUGAUUGUAGGACAUCACAUUAUCUACGGGAAGCAGGUCAAACUGGAGAAACCCUUUGCUGUUCUCACCAAGCACUCGGGCCAUUCACAGGGCAGUCGCAGCAGUAACAACGAUGAAAUAACACAGGAAGCAAUGGAAACAGACCAACAAGGCUCUGCUUCCACAUCUUAUUCUGUGUCCGCACUCAUUAAAACAAAACUGAUUUUUAAGAUCCGCCCCAAACCUAUCAUCACUAAUGUACCCAAGAAGGUGUAGCAGGACUACAUUUCAUUGCUGGGACAGAGUCCCUGUCUGACUUGUCUUAUUCUAAGAAGUAUUUAUACUGUGAUGGUUUCUGAUCUGAAUGUUGUUGAAGGCAGCUUUUGGAAAGCAAAAUAAGACAUCAAUGGGUUUGUCACUACCUGACUUUCUGUCCAAAUUUAAAGAAAAACUGCAAAUGAAAAUUGUCAUUUCCUUUUAAUCAUAGGAAAGACUGUAUAUGCUGGGCGGACUGAUGGACAGGUGAAGCGUGUCUGAAGGCAAAAAUUAUAUUUGUCAUAUAUAAUAACUGAUGCACUCAACCUCAACCUUCGUGCCUCGCAGCAAGAAGGUUUUCUCUUCCUCUCACAGGAUGAAGGCCUGCAGUUAGUGGGUCUUAUCCUGUCUGUAUUUCCUUUCCUGGGUGUCCCGUGCCUGUUGCGCCUGUGGUAGCUGGGAUAGGCUCUAAACCUGUGACCCUGAUAAGGACAAGUGAAAGAGAUGUUUGUAACAGCAGUUUUUGUGUGCAGUCAUGAAUAUAUAUUAUAAAGAAAUACUGGUGCAGACAAAGUUUUUUAGGGGCUUUGAACCAGAAAUUAGACAUACUUUCACUUACACUUUCUGUUUUACUUUUAUUUUUGGUAAAAUAGAUUUAAUUAAAAUGGAUUCAUCGAGAUAAAAAUCAGAUGAUGCUAAUUGUUUUGUAGUUUUAGUUCACCUUAACACUCUGGAGGGGAAGGGCACUGCAAAUCAAUACACAUUUAUUCGGAGUAACACAUUUUGAUCAUUCCAGAGAUUUGGGAACUCUGCCAGUGCACACUGAAUUUGUUCUAGCAUCACAUAGUAGCCCAGAGUCUGAGAGCAUUUUGAAUUGGACUUUAAAAAAAUAAGCACUCACACACUCUCUCACAGAUGCAGUGGAUUUGGGUUCAGUAUCUUCCCCAAAGAUACAUGCACACUGUGAGUCACUGAGCUAUCUUCUCAUCCCUUCUGUGUUUCUUUACUGUCUUUGGAUUGAUGCAGCAGUUGUAUUAUAAUAAACUGAAGUGUAGAUGAUGAAAUUGAAUGAUGUUAAAACUGAAUAAAUGUGAUGUUUGAAACAAAUACAGUUAAAAAUAAAGGUUUAUGGGCAGUUUAAGAAUAUGUACAUGAAUAAAUUCAAUAUGUAAUACUGUAA